AUGGCGGUUAAAAAAUUAUCGGAGUUGACUGUUGCCGAGUUGAAACAUGAAUUGAAAAAAAGAAAAUUAGAAGUUGCAGGUGAUAAAGCUACUUUAUUGGCUCGCUUGAAAAAGAGUUUGGUUGAAGAUGGCAAAUUCAAAGCCAAUGCUACAAAAAACAAAACGGAUGAUCAAAGAGUUGUCGAAAAAACACCAAUUAAUACUGAAUCUACAUCCCAAGAGACAAAAGAUGUUGCAAAACCUGAUUCCUCUGAACAAUUAGCAGCUUCAAGUUCAAAGGUUGAGACAGACAUUUCUGCUCUUAAAAAAACUUCCCCUGUAAAAAAUGAUUGCAAAAAUGAAAAUUCUUGUUUGAGUUCAAUGGGCACAGAGCAGAAUAAUGAAAAUCUGCAAGAUCAAUCUAAAAUGUCUUUAACCAAGACAACUUCUUCAGAAUCUCAGAUUGAUUUUGACACAAAAGCCAUAACUGACAACUCAACUUUGUUAGGUUCUAUUGACAAAAGUUGUGAUAAACAAAUAAAACCUUGUGGCAGUGUUAAAGAAAAUGUUUUGCAAACAGUAUCAGAAAAAAUUCCUGAAAAUGUAAAACAUGUGGCUGCUAAGGAGUUGCCCAAGUCUCAAGAAGAAAAUGUAAUGAAUGCAAAGAAUCUUGUCUCAGCUAAAAAAGAAGAGACCAAAAUUGUUAAAGAAGAGACAAAAAUUGUUAAAGAAGAGACUAAAAAUGUUAGCAUGACAACUGAAAUCACCCCAACAGUGAAAAGAUCAGUUAUACCAAAUUCAGAGGCUGUUUUAUCAAAUCAAUCAGUUGGACCAAGUGUUAAAAAUGACACAACUAAAAAAGAAGAUGAAAAGAAGAUUUCUGAUCUUCCAAAAUCUUUAUGGAUCACUGGAUUAGUUGGUGCUGUUAAAGCGUCUGAUCUUAAACAAGCUUUUGGAAAAUAUGGCAAGGUUUCUUCUGCCAAGAUUGUAACCAGUGCCAAGAAUCCAGGAUCAAAAUGUUUUGGUUUAAUUGCAAUGCAAACUCAUGAGGAAGCAAAAGCUUGCAUUGUUCAGUUUCAUAAUAAAGUCUUGCUUGGAUCCACUGUUACUGUGGAAUUUGAUGUCAAAAGACGAAUAGCAAAACCCAUCCAAGAACCUCAGUUGAACGUGGUAAGUAAGAAAUUGGAAGCAAAAGAUAAUGUCCAAAAUCUUGUCACCAAAACACCUGAAAAGUUGCAAGACAGCAAAGUACAAGAAACUCAUGCCUCUACAACAUUUAAAGAUAAUCUAACAACUUCUACACCUGUCCCUGGAGUUAAACAUAUUGAACUGGCAACAGUCACACCAAUUGCAAAAUCUGAAGCUGUGAAAUCUACAAAUGUUCCUGCUCAGGCAAGUGACAAAAACACAUCCCAGCAAUCUGUUAUUGACAAUAAGCCAGUCACAACUAAGCCUGAAAAUGAAUCAACUUCUGUGUGGCUUAGUGGUUUACCAAGUAAGAUUAAAGCAGCUGAUUUAAAAACACUGUGUCUAAUAUCUGGGAAGGUUCUUGCAGCAAAGGUUGUAGCCAGUUCUAAGUCAGAAACAUAUUUUGGUUUGGUGACAAUGUCCACAAAAGAUGAAGCAGAAGGUUGUGUCAAGAAACUUGAUAAGCAUGUGUAUGAGGGAAAACCUUUAUCUUGUGAAAUGGCACCUUAUGACAAUGUAACUCCUGAACUGCUCAAGCAUUUUGCCAAAGCCAAAGAUCAACCAAGUAGUAAUGACAAUAAAAAGGAAGAGAAUAAAAAGCCAAAUGAUGAAACAAAAAAAAAGGAUAGUAAUGACAAUGGGAGUAAAGUUGACAAACAUUCUGGCAAUGAUAGCAGCUUCUCAAAGAACAAGAGUAGCAACAGUUCAAGAAAUAUGGGUAACCGAAAUAGUGGCAACUAUAGAAGGGGUGGUUAUAAUAAUUAUAGGGGUGGCAGUAAUAGAAAUAUUCCCAGUCUAAUGGAGAGGAGCUCUUUCAACAGAUCUAAUCAGUUUUCAAGAUCCAGCGCUUUAAGUGUAGAUCCGAUUGUUAGAAACUAUAAUGUCAACAUGGACAGAAACAGACUGGAGCAUGAACAGAUGGAAGCAGAGAGAGCCAAGAUGUUGCUUUAUCAAGAGCAACAGAGACAACAACAGAUGUCUGCAUUCAGAGAUGGAUGGUCUCAAGCUCCAAGUAGAAUGAAAAGGUCAUAUGAUAGCAAUGAUGAUUUUUACUGGGGCCCUCCACCAAAUCAAUCAAGUUCAAAAAGAUUUGCACCAAACUCUCUCUACCCAUCAACAUCUUAUGAUUCCAGAAUGGGUUCAGGUCAGAUUAUUUUCUUCUAA